GUAACCAGUAGUCUACUCGAGUCGGGCACGCAAAUAAAGUGCUCAAUAAUCCACUACAGAGCCAAAUAAAUUUAGGAGUUCCAGUCUGCUUGGGGCUUGAAUACAUUUUAAAUGACUACUUAACACAGUCACAGUUCAGAAGCUGAAAUCCCUAGAAAAAGGCUAUAUUUAUGUUACACCGUAUAGAGGAGAGAAAGAGAAAGCACUCUUGCAACCUUGCAUCCUGAUAUUUUUGAUAAUUGUUCACAAAUCUUACAGACUUCAGUCAUGUCAAAGGGCCAAGAAGACAAACAUCGAUGCCGACUGGUGACAGUAAAAGGGGUUCCCCUUGUGGAACCUGUCGCCGACAACUAUGACGCUGUCUCAUCCUUCUGUCCUGAUCCUUCUGACUUGCUUAUCGCUAGCUACCCCAAAGCAGGGACAACAUGUGUUUAGGAGAUAGUGGAUCUGCUUCUUCUCAACGGAGAUAUUGAGACCUGUGAAAGAGGCAUCACUCCUUUUCGAAUGCCUUUCCUGGAGAAUUCAGCUCGACCAGGCCUUUCCUCAGGUAUUGAUCUCCUGAAGCCAAUGGACCCCCCAAGAGUUAUCAAAACACAUUUGGCAUUUCAUCUCAUUCCUUUAUGGAAAACAAGUGCAAAUGCCAUGGGGCUUCUGGUAUGAUCAUGUCAAAACUUACUGGCAAGAACGAGAACAGAGGAACAUCCUUUACAUGUUCUAUGAAGACAUGAAAGAGAAUCCUCGACGUGAAGUGGAGCGCAUUAUGAGGUACCUGGACCUGUCCCUCUAUGAUGAUGUCAUCAGCCGCAUUGUGGAGCUGACGUCUUUCAAGCAAAUGAAGGAAACCCCGAUGGCCAACUACAGCUCAGUUCCUGUUUUUGACCAGUCCAUCUCUACCUACAUGAGAAAGGGACAAGUCAGUGAUUGGCAGAACCAUUUUACUUCAGAGCAGUCAGCAGAGUUUGAUGAGGACUAUAAGAAGAAAAUGAAUCACGUCUACAUUCCAUUCAAAACACAGCUCUAAACCGGCAAGUUGGGGUUUCUUCUCAAUAUUUACUACAAAGUAAUGUCCAAAACAAAAAACAAAUCAUAUUUGAAUAUUAAAGAGCAUGCUGCUUG